AUGCUGGGUCUAGGAGGGAAGCAUAUUGUCAAUACGUACAACCUUUUGGUCGUCAUAUUCGUUGCUCUAGGUUCAUUUACGACGGCUUAUGGACUUGCUAUUAUUGGAUCCACGGUAGGCCAGCCAAACUUUUACACCUACUUUAAUCUCGCUCCUCAAGGAGAGCCCGGCUAUGCACACACUACGAACCAAAUCGGCGGGCUCAACGGUGUCAACUCUGCUGGAGCAAUCUUAGGAUGUCUGAUCUCAGCUUGGACCGCGGACAAGUAUAGCCGCAAGCGAACGAUACAACUCGGCUGCGCCAUCCUAAUCGUCGGCGGUGCACUAUGCGCAGGUAGCGUAAGCAUUGGCAUGUUCUAUGCCGGCCGUGUCAUUGCUGGAAUUGGAUCCGGCAUCCUGGCCGUCGUGGUACCUAUGUAUCAAGGAGAAGUCGCAACGGCAGAGACCCGCGGCGCUAUGAUGUCUGUCACCGGAGUCAUGUACGCCUUUGGAUACGCGCUCGCAGGCUGGCUAGGGUUUGCCUGUUUCUUCUUCCCAGCCGACUCUUCAAGCGCCACGUUCGCCUGGCGGUUCCCUCUGGCCGUGCAAAUCAUCGCUCCGCUGAUUGUCUUGUCCGGCAGCGCGUACAUUCCGUUCAGUCCGCGGUGGCUCCUCAGCCAGGACAGGCGGGACGAGGCUUUUGAGGUGGUGAAGCGGUUGCACGCGAGACCGGAUGAUGCGGAUCACAUCGCCGCGAGACAAGAGUUCUACCUCAUGGAGAAGCAGUACGAGAUGGACAAGUCGUUCCCGCAACGACCGUUGGAGAUCUUCCGCGGGAAGCCGAAUCUGUAUCGGUGCUUCGUUGCUUGCUUGCUGAUGUGGGGAGAUCAGUUUUUGGGCAUCUUCGUGAUUACCAACUACGGCGUCCUCAUCUAUUCAUCUCUCGGACUACUCGGCUUCCGCCCGUUGCUGCUCAAUGCUUGCUGGACGACCUUUACCAUCAUCGGCAACACGUGGACGGCUCUGUAUAUCGACAAGUUCGGCCGAAGGACAUUCCUGCUCAUCGGGGCUACCGGUUGCGUGAUCUCACUCACGUUCGAGGCUGCACUUACCGCCGAGUUCCUUGGAUCGUCCAAUACCGCCGCACUCAAUGCAGCAGUGUUUUUUAUCUGGUUCUAUAUCAUCUGGUGGUGCUUCUUCGUCGAUGCUACGCAAUACGUUUACGUCAGCGAGAUCUGGCCAAACCACCUACGCAGCCAGGGCACUGCUCUCGGCAUCGCGUUCUUCUACCUGGCCUCGGAGGUGGCUUUAGUCGCGGCACCAGUGGCUUUGAACGAUAUCGGGUGGAAAUUCUACCUUGUCCUCAUCUGUCCCUCGGUAGUCUAUAUUAUCCUUAUCUACCUCUACUUCCCGGAGACGAAGGGGAGGACGCUCGAGGAGAUUGGAGCGUUAUUCGGUGAUGAGUCUCACGUUGCAAGCCAUUGGUAUGGCAUCAGCGAGGAAGAGAAGCAGAAGAUUGCGGAGAACGCUCUGCGGCUCACGAAGCAGUCUGGACAUAUCCCUCUGCCGUCUGAGGUUGAAGCCGGCCUCAACGAAGAGUCGAACAACGUGUCUGGGGCUGCUAGCGAGAAGAACGAUGAGAAGGUGGAUGAUGCAAGAGUUGAGAGAACGGAAGAUAAGGCUGUGUAG